UCACAUCUCCUUGUUCUCAAAAAAGUUUAUAUAAGGCUCCUCCCCCUCUGCCAAAACCUUGUGAACAAUCAAGUGUUGUACCUAGAAACCAAAUAUCUCUCUUUUCCUCACCCAGCAACCAAGGUCCUCUCGGGGAAAAACAAAGUCUUAUUCAAAACCUUGUACCCAUGGUAGCAUCUCUGCAGUCCCUUCUUUUAGCUAUCCACUCCAAUGGCAUGACCACGCGGUCGGUUGGCGCAAACCGAUUGCGAACGGGAUCGCUCGUAAUGAAAGCCAUGCAACGCCAUGCACUGAGAAGAAGGAAGCAAACGGCAAGGACCGAGAGGAUUGGUGGUGGCACAGUGGCAUGGACGAGAAGGCAGAUGAUGUGGAAGAAGAAACGGGUCCUUCUAGAAGGUUCUAGAAAGCCCAUGAGUGGCAUCGAGAGGAGGAUCAGGACGCUCCAGCGUCUCCUGCCACAUGGUACUGAGCCCAUGGGGCUUGAAGGGCUCCUUCAUGAGGCAGCAGACUACAUCAUCUGCCUACAAACGCAAGUGAGGGUGAUGCAGAUCAUGGUUAGUGUGCUGACGUCGCCAAAGGAUUCUGGUGUCUGAUCCUCUUUUUGAAAUUAGAGAGGCCUAGACAAGAAUUGUUGCUCUGUUUAUGUCUUUAUAUAUAUUUUUCUCAUUGCCGUACGUGAUCACAAUAUUGUUAGGAUAGGAUUCUAGGUGUGUAAUAUUGCUUUCAUUCAUGUCUAGCUGGAAAUGCUUUAUUAGUAUCUUGUUAAUAUAUAUGUAGACAGCCCGUGUAUUUCAUAUUACAUGAAUUGCAAUGUCAACUUGUUCUCUCUCCUCUCU